ACCUGGCUGUUGGGCUGCGCAAUGUUAACGUUCACAUUCCGUCGGCCGUUAAGCGCGGCGAUAAUGCGCUCUUAAUCUGCAAUUAUGACAUUGAGAACGACACGCUCUAUGCGGUUAAAUGGUAUAGGGGCCGCAGGGAGUUCUAUCGCUAUACGCCCAAGGAGAAACCUGCCUGGAAGAUAUUCACGAAAACCAACGAAAUUGAUGUCGUGGUGAGUCUCAACUGCGUCUCGCAGUACCUCAAAGUCCUCAUCAUGACGUUCCUUGAUUCUCACUACAAACGAAAGAGAUUACUGCAGGUUCCACCCAACUAUUUGCGCACUUAUGACAUACAAAGACACCUGGCUGAACACUUGGAGUCCUCUGUUCUAGAGCUCAACUUUGUUGUGACUACGCAUCAUUUCAUCAAGGGUCGCCUAAAGCUCAAGUGCUCCGCUCGAAUUCACGACAUCUAUGCACAGGAGAGCGAGAAACUCAUCGAAGAGGAUCGGCCACGUAUAUUGGCCUCUGGUCGCUCGCCGGAUAUGAAUAUGUAUCCCUUUGAUCAACCAGGCGAUGUAGAUGAACACAAUGAGCUCUACUUGAUACACAAAAAUGCUGCCCCCAGGCCCAGUGAACUCGAUUGGCAACAGCAUCUAACUCGAUUUCUGUUAAUGGGUCUAUUGCACUUGGCCUGGACUGCCGCUCAGCUGAGCAGAACGAGAAAUCAACACAGCUGCAGCAGCUCUCAGGCGGAACGGGCAAGGAUUAAGCGGCUACGGUGAUGAGCUGGCCGGGAUCAGUUACAGCUGCGCGGAGAAACGGAGACUUCAAUACAGCUGGGCGGCGAGCGCUCUGCAGCCAACUCAAACUGGCCCGAAAUAUUAGUUAAAUAAAGCUCUCAUUGCAUUUAUAGAAAUCAUCAUGAACAAACAUAUAUACAGUGAAGACUCUAUUGAGUGGAU